AUGAUGUUGAGCACCGAAGAGGUCAUGUGCAUCAACUUCUCCGCAGCUCGUGGGUCAGAUGAGACAAGGCUGUUGCGGAGCAAGGUCUGUCAGAUGAUCACCACUGCGCUGGAGGCGAUGCACGAAGCCACUUGCAAGACCCUGCGCCGGCGGGUGGGCCAGCGGUUGCGACGGAAGUUGGGGCGGAUUUUGAAGCAAGAGGAGUUCGAACAGGCCUUGGCGAUCUACAAACGCUAUGAAGACAACCUGGACGACCUUCCGGAGGAUGCACAGGAAUCUGAAAGCAAGGAAGCCACUCCGCCCUCGUCCACUCCGGCAUCGACGACUCCACCGCUGACGUCCCCGACCAAUCCUUUCUGUAUUGCGUUGCCUGUCAUUGCCAUGCCAGUCCCGGUCUAUGUCCACGUGCCGGUACCCGUCUUGGAGCAAGUGACCGUGGAGAAGAUCGUGGACGUGCCCGUGACCAAUCCCGUGGACGUGCCAAGCUUUCCGCAGGCCUCCCCCGCACGUGGAGCUCUCGACGCGCGGCUUAUGCCUCUGGAGCCGGUGGAGCCGGCGACAUCGCCAGCGGCAACGCCGCCGGCUGGGGAGGCCUUCCGGAACUAUCCCAAGUACGGCAGAAUGAUGGAACGACAAAGUACCUGUACCGGCACCACAAGCUUGACGGGCGGCUCAUCAGUUAUGGAUGAUGAGGAUUACUUGGACACCCAGAUCGAGUGGAUGCGCUCGGUGACGGAUGGAGCCCCGGUGGAGAGGACCUUCAUUCAGUUCAAUACCAACCUGAAGGUGGCUCGCAGGUCCAGAUCCCGCUAA